GUGGUGAUUGAGAAUCGAGGUGCUUGGUAUCAUAUCUCAUAUUUCGUUUAUUCAUAUAUUUUGCUUUCCAUAUAUUCGCGGUAUCUCUAUCUCGAUUUCGAUUUUGAACUUGUCGGAUAUAGAUAGAUAGGAAGUGUGGUUGAAAGGUUCUGGAGAUAUAUACUCAUUACUCGAGUCUUGGUUUGAUACUUACUUAGCCCACAUCUUUAUCUCACAUUCUCGGUCUCGUUCUCAAGAUAUCUUUGAAGAUGGCUUUACGAGUUGCACAAGUCUGCGGCAUCUGGUUCUGGCUCGCCUUCGCCUUUUUCCUCUUCGUCAUUUUCCACCAAUCGAACCUUGUGCUCCCGACCCCCAACCUCGACACUCCCUCCAAAUUCCCCUCCUCCAUCUCCUCCCCCUCCAGACCCCUCACCAUCUCCCAACGUAUCUCGCGCUUCGAGUCCGCCUGGCGCACCUCCGUCUCUCUCCGCCACGAAAUGUCCUCCCACCACCCCAAACACCCACACAUCCCUCUCUUCCCCGCUCAAAAACUUUCCGAUUUCUCUAAAACCCCCUACACCCUCUGGGACUUCUUCCCCGCAACCUGGACCUGUCCGCACGAUAUCCAGCGCGUGGGUCGUCUCGGCGACGGCGGGAAAUGGGUUUGCGGUAUGAGUCUUUAUGAGAAAUAUAGGCCCUCUUCCGCAUCCUUUUCCACCAUCUCCUCCUCGUCCCAACUCACAAACCCAAACGAACCCGGCAUAACCAUCUACAGCUUCGGCGUCAACGACGAAUCCACCUUCGAAGCCGAGCUACUCACUCGCCUUCCCCACGCCCAAAUCCACGCCUACGAUUUCUCCGUUUCAAAAUUCGGUCCCCAGCUCUCCCCCUCCCACGCCUCACGCGCACACUUCCACAAAUACGGUUUAGGAUCCACCGACAUCCCAUCGCGGACACCUCCCUUCCACACAUUGCAAACACUCAUGAAGCAGAAUAAUCACUCCUACAUCGAUAUAUUAAAGAUUGAUAUCGAAGGUUCGGAGUAUGGGGCCCUGGAUGCGUUUAUGGAUUUUCAUGAUGAGGAAGGGGAUGGGCAUGGGGAUGGGAAAUUACCGGUGGGACAGGUGAUGAUUGAAUUGCAUUUGGUGGAUGAUGAGCAUGUGCAUUUUGAACGCUUUACGAAGUGGUGGGAGCGGUUGGAGAAAUUCGGGAUGAGACCUACGUGGUUUGAGACGAAUUUGUUGGCGGUGACGUUGGGGGAGGGGAAGACAGAUCCCAGGUGUGUGGAGUAUGUGUGGGUGAAUGUGAGAGAUGAGAGGAGUAUUUUGAUGGGGGAGUAA